UCAGUGGCAGUUCUCUGGGGGCAGCAGACUUCUUAAGGCUCCUAUGCAGCCUCUGUGUGUGUCAGGAGGUCUCAUGGCGAAGCGCCCACACAGAGCCCUGCUGAGGGUCUGUCUCCUGUGGAAGGAGGGAGGAAACACAGAGAGCACCCUCGGUGUGGGCACCCUCUCAGGUUUGGUGGCAAGCGGCUGCGAAGCCCCUGUUAUUGUGGAGUGAGGGUUAAAUCCUUCUUCUCCCCACUCUCCACAGAGGGUGGAGAAGGGGUGCAGCCAGCUCUCAGCUCGGGACAGAUGGACGCGACAGAGGCAGGCCUGUAGGCCUCGCAGGGUGGGUGUCCACCUCACCCUCAGGCUCCCUGCAGCCUCUCCUGCCUUUCCACCCCAUGGCCAUCCGAGUAUUUUGCAAUUCCUGCUUCUGUGAGCCCCGCAAGGCCUCGCCACGGUUUAUCUUCACCAGCUGUGGCCAUGUCAUCUGUGAGCUCUGCCUCCAAAAAGGCAAAAAAGAUGAAUGUUUGAUCUGCAGAACUCCUUGUCGUACAGUAUUCCUUUCAAAAGAGACAAGUCCUGAAAUUCAGUCACUGUUCAUGGGAAUAGACACACUGUGCAAGAAAUAUUCAAAAGAAAUAACACAGAUUUCAGAAUUUCAAGAAAAAAAUCGUAAACAUUUGCUAGCAUACCACAGAGAAAAGAGAGUAAAGCUGGAAGAAUCUCUGAGGAAAGCAAGACAGCAACUGCAUCAGAUACAAUGUAUGAAACCUCCUCAGCAAGCUACUCAACUGCCAUUUGCCAGUACAAGCAGAAAUCCACUUUCCAUGCCUUCAAGAAGACUGAAUGGGUAUUCCUCAUAUUCUCGUCAACCUAGUCAUCCUACUUUUGAAACAAUGGAGUCAAUGGAGGUUGAUCCUGUACCUUCACCAAUGAGGAAACCUGAGACAAUGACUGGUCCAGCAAGAUUAUCAGUUAUAACUCCACCACAGGAUGGACGCAUGGGUAGUGUAUCCUACAGAAGUUCUCAGUCAUCUGGAAUAACAUCAAGUCAAACUACAGCAGUAUCUACCAGAUCCACACCUAUAGGACUACCACAUAAUGGAUGUUCACUUAUGUCACCAUCCGGAUCACAAAACAGUAGGAGGGGAUCAUGGUCUGCUUCUGAUUUCAGAACUCCUCCAUUGUAUCAAUUUACAUUACCUUCACCACAGUCAUCUGUAGCAAGACCUCCAAUCACCAUCUCUGGAAUUCUACAAAGACAACAUUUAGGAUCAGCUGGUUUUGGAGGACAAACAGCAGAAAGAUAAGCAAAAAUCCGUGAUUUAUUUUGUUCAGUAAGCAUUUUGAAAAGCUGUGCACUGUUGUUGGAUAUCAAAGUGUUUGUAAUUUCUAUAAAAUGUCAAAGUAGCAUAAAACAACUAUUAUUCAGCAUGAAUAAUGUAUCUAAAACUUGCCAGUAAAAUCUAUAGUAACUUUAAGCAGGAUUACAAAAGAUUCUGGCUUUUUAAAGGAAUUUUGGUUUAAAAUAUAUUGUAAGAAUUGUAAAAAUAAAUUGCUUUUGUUAAUGAAGUGUUAAGACAAAAGAAUGCUUUUAUAUUCAAUGAGAUCUUCUUCCAGUAAAUGCAGUGAACUGCAGCAGAACUGAUU